AUGGACAGGUGGUACUCAGGCGGCAGCUCCAAGGGGGAUGUGGACCCAUUCUACUACGACUAUGAGUCUGUCCGCAACGGGGGCCUGAUCUUCGCUGCCCUGGCGUUCGUCGUGGGGCUCAUCAUCAUCCUCAGCAAAAGACUCCGCUGUGGGGGCCAAAAGAAGCAUCGGCAAGUCAGUGAAGAGGAGCUGUAA